AUGAAGUGGUUGGAUGAGAUGGAAACUGUGAUUGACAUCAGUGGAUGUGCUCAGGAAGACAUAGUUAAAUUUGUGUCUCAAUCCUUCAAGGGCGACGCCCUAACUUGGUGGAAAGCGUUGGUGCAAUCCACUGGAAAGGUUCCUCUAUAUAACCUUUCGUGGAACAAGUUUGUUGAUCUUGUGAAGGACACUUAUUGUCAUCAACAUGGAGUUGAAAGAAUAGAAACUGACUUCCUCACUCAGGUGAUGAAGGAUUUGGAUUCCAGGUCCUAUGUGACCAGUUUCAACUCAAUGUCGAGACUUGUGCCAUAUUUGGUCACCCCAGAACCCAAACGCAUUGCGCGUUUUAUCGGUGGUUUAUCCCCAGAGGUUAAAGGAAACGUCAAGGCUUCUAAGCCUGCUACUUACAGAUCUGCAGUAGAUCUAUCUUUGUCCCUUACUCUAGAUGUUGUAAGGAGUAGGGCAAAGAAAACCACCGAUGAAGGAAAAAGAAAGAGGGAGGAAGAGCAGUCCCAUCAGUCGAACAAGAAGAACAAAGGGAACUCUGGUUCCAAGAAAGGGCAGUCAGGUGAGAAGCCCAGAUGCAAGACUUGCAACAAGAGGCACUUUGGAAAGUGCAACAAGGACCCACAAGCUAAACCUUGUGGGAUCUGCAAGAAGAAACGACACAAGUCUGUAGAGUGCCGGAACAUCAAGGAUGCGACCUGCUACGGUUGCAAUGAAAAGGGGCACAUCAAGACUAAUUGCCCUAAGAAUGCUAAGAGGCCCGAGGAGGCAAAGAAAACCAAUGCUAGGGUUUUUCAGAUGAAUGCAAGGGAGGCGGUGAACGACGGGAACAUUAUAACAGUUUUAGGUAUGGAUUGGUUGUCGCAUAACCAAGCCCAAAUUGCCUGUGAUAAAAAGCUAGUUAACAUCAAAACCCCUACUGGUGAAUCUGUCACUAUUCAGGGUGUUACGCAAUAUGGUUUGCCCGACAAUAUGUCUAUUCUCAAGGUAUCGAAGUGUCUGAAGAGCGGAUGUGUCAUCUACAUGGCACAAGUAACUGUUGAUGAACCAAAGGCUAAGAUCGAAGAUAUUCCAAUUAUUUCCGAGUAUCCCGAUGUCUUCCUGAUGAAUUACCUGGAUUACCUCCUGAGAGGCAAGUUGAGUUCAUAA